UCAACAGGAGUGAGUCCUGCAGUGUGAUUCUCAUACAACAGUAGUCACUUCACUUCACGUUUGUAACUUACAGCAUUUUCUGAAAUGUCUUCUUCAAACAUUCCAAUUUCUUUUCUUUUAACGGUGGUAGUUUUUUGUUGCUCAGUAGCAAGCUGUGAUUGUAAAUCUUCAACUCAAGCGUUCCACUUCGAGGAUUACUCAGAGCAGCGAGUAAAAGGAUGCUACUAUCAUAACCAAACUUUGGGGAUUUGUUUUGAUAUUGAACAAGGCUCGAUAAAACUGAUGGAGACGGCCGGGAGAAUAAUAGUGUUAUACCAAGAACUUGGUACAGACAUGUUCUAUUACAAGAUUAUAGAUCAAGAUUUCCUAGGGCGCGGUCCAUCAUUGUUUUAUAUUCCCAAAGCCAUUCCCAAAGUAUCACACAAUCUUCACGAGUUUCUGACGAUGGGCCGGACCUCCGAGGAAACACAGGUCGAACUUCAAGCGUUAAAAAUCCAUUACCAUGAGGCCAUAAGAGAGCUGCGGCAAGAACCGGAAAUUCAACUUCUGGAACGUUUGUCACAAGCACUUGCUGAAAACGUAACCCAAUCGGAAAUGUUAAAGCCAUUUCAUGCCCUUUGUUACAAUCUCCUGAAGACUUCAGACGUUCAGACUCCACACGAGUUGAGGGCUAGACGCGAUUUGGGAAAUGAAAUUUCUGGGCACCAUAGUAAGAGACAAAAGCGCUGUGACUUAGCGCUUGAUCCAAAACAAAAUAAUUGCACUGGUAUGUGUGGCCCCAACUGUUCAUGCUGGUCUUGGGUCUGUGGUGACUGUUGUUUCCAUCAGGGAUGUCAUGAACACGAUAUAUGUUGUGAGAAAUAUGGGUCUUGGAGCGCCUAUUGUGCUUUACCGCUCGGCUUCAGUUGUGAAAGUUAUAGGACAUGUUAACGAUGGAAAUGAUAAGUUGCCUUUUUUUUGUAAAGUAUGCAUCUUUUGCUUCAAUAAAUUAUACUUUAAAAAUUAAAAUAGAUGAAAUAUAAACACAUUUUUCGUUUUAAGUAAGUUAUCUGUACAACUUUACCAGUUUCUUUUGGUUUAAAAAACAUGGACUCAGAACCUAUACCUAGUGUUUUGCUACUUAACCCUUUACAACCCAACAUCAGUAUGCAUGUUCUCCAUAAAUUUCUUAAGGAGCUGACGAGGAGAAUUUGUUUAACAAUCAAGAACUUCUUUGGCUGGUGAUCAUUUCUUUUAUUCUUUUGACCUCAAUGUGUGUUUUAGGGGGUGAUUAUGGAGGGAGAAAUUAGAUGCUAGUCAGUUUGAGGGGUCAUAGGGUUAAAUUUGGUCCCGAUUACCCUUUUUAAAAGGAGAAUCAGAACUUAUCUUUCAGGUUUGAAUAACAAGGGUUUCAAUAAUGCUGAUGGCUCAUUUUUAUUUCUUUUGUGCAAUUAACAGCAAUUUAACUUCUAUAGUAUAAUGAUGAAACUUUCAAGAGCAUAUGGAGCAGUUUAACAAGACCUUGCUUUUCAAUUCUCUGGACAUGGUUCUUUUUUCUCGUUCCCAUGAAUGUAAUGAAAUAUUCAAUAUGCUUAUCAACAAAUAUCUUUUUACUUCAUUCUAGGUAAAUAAAACUUGUUUGGA